AUGAUGAACAGGCGCAUUGCAACAGCAACCUCAACUCGCAUUGAAGAAAUGAUAGAUGGAGUUAAAUAUUGGGUUGGACAAAUACCCUUCUUUUUAGUAUUACUACCAUUUCUAUGGUAUCAAUUGUAUCUAUCUGCAAAAGAGUAUUCAUCAAAGAGAUUUGAUCAUUCAGGAAAUACUAGUGAUAAUAGGUAUAAUCCAAUUCCAGUUAAACUAUUAGUAUUUAUUUGUUUAAAUUGUUCUUGCACUUUAAGAAUAAUAUUUACAUUUUAUAUUUGGCAUUUAGAUAUUGAUGAUCCAGGUGCCAAUCUAAAUGCAUAUACUAUAUAUAUAUUAAAUGUUUAUUUUAUUAUUUUAGAAUGGUGGUUUAUAGUAUUUUUUUGGAUAUCAAUGUUGAUGGGAUUUAUAUCAUCAAAAUCAGUAUUUGAUCCUACUAUUUUAAAAAAAGUAGAGACUAUACUUUGGAUCAUAGUUUCUAUUGUCACAUUGUUUCAUGCAAUGUUGAUUAUAUUCAAUUCUAUAAACAGACAUGAUAUAAUAGAUACUGAUCAAUGGUGGAGAAUAGGCUAUCUAAUCAUUGUCUAUAUUGGUAUCAUUGCAUUUGCUAUUUACAGUACUCGAUUACUUAGAGCCUACAAAAGUAUUAAAUUUGAUAAAAUCAUUUAUAAAAAGGUAGGUCAAUAUUAUGUAUGUGGUAUACCAACAGCUACAUUAUCACCACUUUAUCUUUAUUUUGGAAAAGGCAAUCAUCCGACACAGGAUAUUAUGAAUUUAAUCUUUUCCCUCUUUGAAUGGGGACAUUAUCCAUUGGUCAUCAUAUUGCUCGGUAGUGGUCCGAUAGUCCAACGAUUUGCCAAGCUAUUAAGAAUGCCACGUUUACAAAGAUCAAAGUCAUCAGAAUCUUUGGAUACCAGUCACACAAGAUCUACUAGAACGUCAACCUUUUUAAAUAGUAGUACUACAACUACAACUACUACUACUAAUACGACUAAAACUACUACCAUCAACAAUGACAACAAUACUUUGGAAAUAGAUGGAGCUGAUUAUCCCCAGGAUACAAUAAUUAUAGUAGAGGAAAGAAAAUAA